AUGGUGGCCGAUUACGUUGCCGAAAAAAAAUAUUCCAUCACUGAAGAAGGCCAGGGGCUCAAUUUGAUUUAUUUGGACUAUGAGGAGAGGCUUUCAAGUCCUCUAAGGCACCCUGUUGAUUUGAUUAGACUUGGUUUAAUCCAAGCUCAAAAAACCAGGGUAGACGCAAGUGCUGCACUAGAAGCACUGGAUCAACUAUUGCGUGCAAAUGAAUUAAAUUUUGCCAUUCUUGCCGCGGUCCCCUCCUUGCUGAUUGUGUUUGGAACAUGGAAAUGGAUAUCUUCCAUCCUGUUCAAAUCAAAAGCAGAAAUGAGAUCUAGAAAAAAAUAUACACGCGAAAUGGAACUGUCGCUGAGAGAGUUGCAAAAUAUUCUUGGGAAAAGCGAUCCAGAAUGUCGGGGAAGACUGGUUGUCGCUGCAAUUUCUUAUUACAAAAAUUCUACUCUUGCAUUCCAGGAGGAACACCCGAUAAAAUGGAUUGAGGAGGAUUUGAUUUUUAUCUUAGAUGACAAAGUAGAGAUCUCUGCGCGGCUCCUUGCCUCCGAGCGCUUGUGGAGAUAUAUUUCUCAUUAA